UUCUAAAUCUCGUUUCGCUUUUCGUUUUGGAUUUCGCUUUGUUUGUGUCGGUUCACUUUUGGCUGGCUAUCAGCCCUAAUUUCAUUUUUCAAUAGUAGGUGCUACUUACUUACUCAUUUCCACCAGAAGAAGAAGAAGAAUAGGUUUCAUCUCGAAACCCUAAUUUUAGAUUUAUUAUAUCAAUUUUGGGAAAGAAUAUCAACAAAUGAUAAAGCUCUCGUGAUUUACUCAUCGUGGUUUCAGCUGAAGAAUUUCCUUUUCCAGUAUACUCUAGGUAUUCUUAAAUCUGGCUAUUAUGGACUAUGGUCUCUCCGACAGCAGUGGCACUGGGGAUGAUCUUCCUCCGAAUAAUCAAAAUCGAGGUAGAAGAGUUGGUCGGGUGGCUGGCAAUGGCAGAUCUUCUAUAGCUGGUUCUGCUCCACACCCUAGAUUUUACAACGACAUGGAGGCUCAAAUCCACCAUCUUGAGCAAGAUGCGUACAUCUCAAUUCUGAGGGCUUUUAAAGUGCAAUCUGAUGCCAUUUCUUGGGAAAAAGAAAGUUUAAUGACAGAACUUAGAAGAGAGUUGAGAGUAUCGGAUGAAGAACACAGGGAACUUCUAGGAAGGGUCAAUGCAGAUGACAUCGUUAUCAGGAUAAGGGAAUGGAGAAAAGCAGGACAUCAGCCUGGUAUGCUCACAACUGCUCAACCUACUCAUGAUGCAAUAGUCGCAACAUUCCGCAAGAAGCAAAAGAUAUCAAACUCAGUGCCUUCUCUAUCAUUGAAUCCACACAUGUUGGCUGCAUCGAUGCAGCCAACGUUAACCUCUGGAAAACGAGGUGUUGCGGUAGGAGCUAGGGGCAAGAAGCCUAAAUCAGGUCAGCCGUUACCUGGUGUAUCCUUAGUUAAGCCUGUGCAGUAUCCUUUAACUGGUCCAGCUGGAAGGGGAUUCCGUCCUAAUCGGGGUCUUUCUGGUGCACUUGUGACAAAUGGACGCGUGGGAGCUGGAAGUUCUGAUCCAUACAUUGGGCGGAAGGUGAUGACAAGGUGGCCUGAGGAUAACAACUUCUAUGAAGCUGUUAUAACUGAUUAUGAUCCUAUACAGGGCUUACAUGCUCUCGUGUAUGAUAUGCAUACAAAUGAUGAGGCAUUUGAAUGGGUUAAUCUCAAUGAGAUUUCCCCCGAAGACAUUAGGUGGGAGGGCGAGAACAUGGGAAUAUCUCGAAAAGGUGGUCGUGGAAUGAAGAAGUCCAUGGACCAUGAUGGUGUUGUGCCAUGGGAAGGGAGAGAGGACAGGAUUCAACCGGAGAAGGACCUUCUACCCUUACAAAAUACAAAUGGAAAGAAGAAUAUGGAUGAUAUUGAGAUGAUUCUCACAGAAACAGUAGUUAAGGAGGUGGAAAAGGUUUUCCUUUUGAGUCGCCCUGAUCCUCUUGAGAUUGAGAAGGCAAUGACGAUGCUGAAAAACCAAGAGAAAACAUUAAUUGAUACACUUGCAAGGAUUGCAGAUGCUUCUGAUGGGGAAAGUGAUGAUGGCAAACAGGCAAAUACUCAUGGGCCACCAAUGGGGAGGGAUCUGGUGUUGCCAAACAAACAACAUGAUAUCAGUGAAAAUGGGAUGGUGACUGAAGGAGAAGGCCGUGGUAUUUGUGAUAAUGGACAUACUCUAGGUACAAGAAAUGAGAUGAUGACUGAGAGUGGUGAACAAGGAUUUGAGGUUAGAGUGGCAGCUUCAAAUAAUGAUGAGGAUGAUGAGAUGGUCAUCGUUGACGUCUAACGCUGUAAUCUAAUUUGUCAUGCUCCUUGAAUCCUUUCAAAUGUAAGUUUAAUUUAACUAAUCCGUGAGCUGGCAGUGACCGGACCAGAAAGUUUCCGAGUAAAACUAGUUCUUAACUUGAUGUAAAGUAAUUUAGCACCCAAGACGUUUUGAUCUUAUUCUUGUACAGAUGAGUUACGAAACUAGUCCUUCUGUAUCUUAAUGUUUUCCAGUGUUCACUCUGUUGUUGUC